GGAAUUUCUCUGCAGAAACGCAUUUUAAACUAAAAAAACAGAAGACUGGCGUCUCCUCGAAACGAAACACACGGCUUCGCUCGCACAUACUCUUUUUGAAACGGGAAUAGCCGGCGAUGCUGUUUAUUCGUGCACUACAACAACCGACGUCGCCUCUAAUGAAAGCGAGGCAGUGUAAACACAACUCCAGGAACAUGAAAAGAUCGGGUGACAGUGAGGGGGAGAAGAGAAGAAAGAGGAGGAGGCUACUGCAGGAGUUGGGAGACCAGAAGAUCCCCUUUCUGGCACCCUCAAAUCGAGGUUUUCAGCAACUGUGGGACACCAGUUACUCUGGUCUUGUGCUAAGGAAAUCAUGCUCAUUGCCUGCUGAGCUCCAUAGCCGGGUGCAGGCAGCUCUCCUCACUCUCAGAAGGAAGGGAUGCCUCCUGAAGGACCUGGUUCGUGUUCGUGACCGAGACGUAUUCACUGCCGUUUCACGUGCCCUGCUGGGUGAACCGGGCCACACAUAUCGCUAUCUGGACACACGGCUCUUUGCCAUCCCCUGGCACAGUGAGGACACAGAUGUCAAGGGCCAAAACUGUUGUGACCCUGACCUGAGAGCUGCCUGCAAGGCAUUGUGGGAACUUAACACCUUCUUCUGCACAGAUGUGUCUCAACUGAAAGAAGGAGACAGGCUAACGCAAUUGGUGAAGGGAGAGUCAGAAGCCAAACAAGGUGAAGAGGGGGACACAGAGUCUAAACACAGUGAGGACUCCAAGAAUAGUGAAGGAGGGGACUCGGAGUCCAGGCAGAGCGAGGAGGGGGACACGGAGUCCAAGCACAGCGAAGAGUGGGACAUUGAGUCAAAACACAGUGAGGAAGGCUGUUCUGGGUCUAAACAAGAAGGGGAGUGGGAGACUGAGUUCAAACACAGCAGCGAGGAGGGAGAGUCCUCCCAAGUGAAGCCAGGGGAAGCCAGUUUUGUGGCAACUUCAGAGCAAGGUGAAGGAAAAUGCCCCGAAUGGGCAGUGAAGGCCAGUGGUGGCACAGAGACUGAACCUGUGCGACUAGGGGCCCAGGAGAAACCUGUGGCCGAACUAAAGCACAGCCUGUCAGAUUACCACAUUCAGGACAAAGAGGAACACGAGAGUAGGCAGGGCUGUUCCCAACCCAGUCCUCCGCAGGUAUGCACCGGUCCAGUAAAGUUCAAUGUCACCUUACUCAACUACAUGGACCCGGCAGCAAUGAGCCAGCUCAAGGAGGAGCCGUACUAUGGCAUGGGGAAAAUGGCAGUAGGGUGGCACCACGAUGAGAACCUGAUCACUCAUUCACCGGUGGCUGUUUACAGCUAUAGCUGUCAUGAUGACAAAGGUGAGAGCAGUGAGGGAGGCAGCGGUGAUAAGGCGUGCUGGAGGAUUGGGCUCAAGGUAGCCUGGGACAUCCACACACCUGGCCUGAUGUUGCCACUGGAGUCUGGAGACUGCUAUUACAUGAGAGAUGACCUGAACAGUACCCACCAGCACUGUGUCCUAGCUGGAGACACUGCACGCUUCAGCUCCACACACAGAGUGGCUGAGUGUUCCAGUGGGACCCUGACCUACAUCCAGUCACGUUGCCAGGAGGCCCUGUCCAACCUGCACACUGACCCCGAAACAGGAUCCCAUAGGCUCGUGGCUCUGCUGCCGGCAACGCUACAGGACUGUGAGGAGAUUCACAAUGAGGUGGAGUUCGAGUGGCUGCGGCAGUACUGGUUUCAGGGCCAGCGUUAUGCCCGGUUCUGCAGCUGGUGGACCAGACCGAUGGAGCAGCUGGAGAAGGACUGGAAGCUCAUGGAGACCAUGACCAUGCUCUUCCUGGCUGCAGUGGAGGAGGAAGGCCAAGCAGCAGAAGGAAGGAGGGAGAUGGCAGAGAUCCUGCUGUCUGCCUUGACAGACAGACACCAGCAAAGACAGACAUGGAGAGACAGGUGCCACUCAAGUCUGGCCCAGACAUUGCCCCCUGAGGAGGCCCCAGUGGACCGUCCCUUUUGGGGUGUGGAUGACCCCAGCAUGCCUCUGCCCUUUGAUCUGGCCGACAUCAUUAACAGAGUUGAGUCCCUGCUCUGGAGGAUGUAAAGAUGGAUAGAGGAAACAAGAAAGCAAGAAAAAAAAAAUGACCCACCAGCUUUUCUGAAUGAUUCCCCACAUUAGCUGAGGGGACAGACCAGAUUGAUUUCCUUUUGAUUAGGCCGUCUACAUCACCCCCUACUCCACCCUCCACUACCCCAGCUGACCCCAGCAUCUCAGUCACCCCAACCUGGAUUUGCUGGAAGGAAACCUGACCACCAGGAUAGUGCUUCAGUAACAUGCUCACAACGCAAUGCUUAGCACCAAGCUACUAGUGUCACAACGGUCUAACAAAACAUACGUGAACCCGCAUUUCAGUGUUAGCAUACAUUGUGUUACUAUUUAUUAUUUCAGUGUACUUUGUUACCUAAUCUCAUGUAACCCAGACAUGCUUUUAUCAGUGGAUUGACUCAUUCUCAGUAGUCAUUAGUACAGUACAUACAUAUAUGCUUUCUACUUGUCACACAGUGUUAUAAUACAGUAUAGAAUGGUAAGAAAACACUUUGCUCACAUGCUAUUGCAUUCUUCACUUGUGUAUAGUGCCCCUUUUAUUGUGUUAAGAAGUGAAACGAGCCAGAAAAGACCAAAGAAAGAUUAUGAGAAGAUUGUUAUGAAUGUUAUCCAAUGGAGUACAUGAAGAAUGUUGUCAAGUGUUUAUGGUGCAGUGGUGUGCUUGUGCCAUAUUAAUGUGUAACUCUGUGUGUAUGUGUGCGCGUGCGCGUGCGCGCAUGUAACCAUGUGAUCAGUGGUUGGGCCUGCGUGUGUAUGUAUGUGUGUGUGUGUGCAUAAGAGUCUUCUUUCUCCCAAAUGUCUACAUGAAGGCGUGUGUGUAUGAAUGUGAUAGUGUGUGAGCCUGUAGGCAGCCUGCCAGUUGUUUGUUCUUGAAGAUGUGCAUAUGGAGAAACAGAGACUAGCAGCGGGGCCCCUCUGCUUCUGCUCUGAUGAAAGGCAGCAUUGAUAGAAUGACCCGGAACACAACCGCCGUUUCUCAUAAUUACAGCUGUUCAAUCGCUUUUAAUUACUCUUAAAGUGUGUAGAGCACCACAUUCCCCUGUAAUGCUGCAGGCCAUCUAGAGAGCAAGAGAAAGAUCCGGCACUUCUGACAAAAUCCACUUUCAAAAAAGCUAAAAAGGGUGGAAAAGGGGGCCGACGUCAAAGCAGUGUAGCAGCCCUCCUCGUUUGAUUUCUUUCUCUAUCUAGUUCAUGAUGAAGUAGAGAUGCUGUUUACUAUUAAAAAUGCAGAAUGCACUCCUUUUUUUACUUCUGAGGUUUUUUCCAAGAUGUUAAUGGUUGCCAAACGCUGUUCUUCUUGCUUCUUCUUUUGCUGCGCCUUUGUUGUUUGUUGUUGUCAGAGAGAUUUGUUUGUAGAUUGGCAGUAGCUUUGACUUGUUUGAAUCACUCUGUGCUCCCUGCGCCACAGCUUGUCUGUCUGAAGCAAUAGGAAUGGCAGUAAA